AUGGCGACUACAUCGCUGCAAAUGCCCCAUCACGCUGUACUAAAUCCGUUCCAAACACCAAACAGCCGUCAAAUCCCUAUGAUGCCAAUACCCACUCAUAUACCUCCUCCACCCAUGCCUGCCGGUAUGCUACAAUGGCUGAUCACCCGAGGUCCACUCAGUCGUACUUCGCCCACAACAAUUUCCUCUACUUCUGGACGAUCCAGUGUUUCGUCCGCAAAUGGCAUGCUUAAUAUUGAUUUGGUAAUUCGUUUUUCGUUCAUUUAG